UCUUGCCUCUUCCCUCCGCGGGACGCCGGCUGGAAGGGAGUCGAGAGCCUCGGCUGCCCAGCAGACCGAUGCCCUGGAAGGGCCCAUCCAUGGAUGCCAGCAAGAAAGUGGAUCUGAAAAUAAUUAUCAUAGGAGCUCUGGGUGUGGGCAAAACCUCCCUCCUGCACCAGUACGUGCACAAGACAUUUUACGAAGAUUAUCGUACAACACUGGGUGCCAGCAUCCUGACCAAGGUCCUGGCAGUGGACAACACACCCCUGAAGAUACAGAUCUGGGACACAGGGGGACAGGAGAGAUUCCGAUCCAUGGUGUCAACCUUUUACAAAGGCUCAGACGGCUGCAUGUUGGCCUUCGAUGUGACAGACAGGGAGUCCUUUGAGUCCCUGGACAACUGGAGAAACGACUUUCUGGAGAAGGUCAUUCCAAGGGAGCAAGAUUUCCCCAUGGUCGUGCUGGGGAACAAAAUAGACAUCUGUGAUCGGCAGGUGUCCAAGGAGAUAGCCUCAACAUGGUGCAAGGAGAAGGACAUCCCUUAUUUUGAAGUCAGUGCCAAGAACAAUAUCAACGUUGCAGAGGCUUUUGAGACCCUCGCAAAGCAGGCACUAACAACGUAUAAGGGGAUUUUUGAGAGCUAUUUAACUGACUCCAUCAAACUCACUCCCAGUGACAAGCCCAAGAAGAGCUGCUGCUGACCCCGGGCCUGCUGCCACACAACAUACAGGCUGUCCUGUGUGAGCACGGCCUGGCAGAGCUGAACCCUGCAACACCUGAGGCUGGAGCCUUGCCCAGAGGAUCCACGCUCCCCGUCUGCCCCAACCCCACCGCAGAGGAUGGCCAGACCAGGGCACACGAGAGCCACGCUGCAGCACGACCGACUUUGGGCUUGUAGCUCAAACCAGUCACCUCCAAAACAACCACUGCACCACAGUGGCCUCAGUCUCGUCCUCCUCGACCAGCUGCUACCUGGCACCUGAGUGGGUGAUCCCCCUGCGGUGACAGUGACAGGGAACUAGGCAGUGCUCCUGAUGCCUCUCCAGUGACCAUGACUUUGGCCCCCUAGGAGACCCUUCCCAGCGUGUUGACUGGUGGCCCAGUGGCCCUCGUGGUGCUCAUGGUGCUAUCGGGCUCUUCUGAGAGGAGAAGUGGGACUGGUGGCCUCGGCAAAGGUCUGAGCGCAGUCAGGUCCCCUCCUGGGGGUCAUCCACUGCGGAUGUAGCCAUUUCAUGCCUCAGUUUGCCCUGCUCUCCUGCACACCUCCGGUCAAACACCUUUAUCCUCCCACCUCUCUGGUGAGGAUCCUCAGUAAAGCACUUUGUCAGGGACUCUUUUUUUUUUUUUA